AUGUUGAGAAUGUGCAGCAGGGCUUUGGUGAAGGCGGGGAUGGUGAAGCCCUGGCAAUUGGGUAAACCUGUAUCAUCGACUCUGGUUGCUGGAAGAAACCUGAGCCAGCAGAAAGGACUGCCCAAGAUGCCUGCCCCCCCUCCUCUGCAGCAGGCCUGUGAGCUCUACCUGAACUACAUGGAGCCCAUGGUGGAGGUGAAAGAGCUGAAGCGCACAAAAGAGCUGGUGGAAGAGUUUCGGAAAGCAGGAGGUGUUGGAGAAAGACUGCAGAGAGGCCUGGAGAGGAAAGCAGACAACACUGAGAACUGGAUGACAGACUAUUUCAUGAAGAUUGAGUUCGACAAUCGUAACCCUUUGUUGGGCUCUUCAAAGUCUGGGUGUAUCUUUCCACGAAUGGACUUCAGGGACAAAAAGCGACAAAUAAGGUGUGCUGCCCAACUAAUUACGGCUGUAUUGGAAUUUAAGACAAUGAUUAAGAAUGGUACACUACUAGCUGAAUAUAUAAGAGGGAAGCAGCUGUGUAUGAAGCAGUACGAGCAGAUUCUGUCAUCCUGCAUUGUCCCUGGUCUGGAGAAAGAUUCAUUGGAGUUCUACGCAGAGAAACACAUCACUGUAGCACACAACUGUCAGUUCUUUGUGCUGGACGUGUACAACAGUGAUGGGACUCCACUUACAGUUGAUCAGCUCUGUGUUCAGCUGGAGAGGAUCUGCAACUCCUCACUACAGAACAACGUGGAGCGUGUCGGCAUCCUCACCACAGAACAUCGUGACAUCUGGAGCAAAACCUACAUCGACCUCAUCAAGGAUAAGACCAACAAAGAGUCAGUGUUGGCUAUCCAAAACAGCAUCUUCACAGUGUGUUUGGAUGGAGCGAUGCCCCCGGAUGAGACGUUUGACAACAAUGCCACUGAACAAGUGCUGCAUGGAGGAGGCAGUCAGUGGAACAGCGGAAACCGCUGGUUUGACAAGGGGCUGCAGAUAAUUAUUGGAGAAGACGGGACAUGUGGUAUAAACACCAUCAAUUCUAAUGCUGAUGGUGUAGUCGUCAUGAACAUGUGCGAGACAUUGUUAGCUGGCAUGAAAAAGCUACAGGUGAUGCAGUCUCCCUUGGAGCCGUUGCCCGUACCCCAGAGACUACACUUCAACAUCACACCAGAACUCAAGAAGGACAUUGAGGAGGCUAAGCGGCACCUGGACAUAUGGUCCCAAGACCUGGAUGUAAGGAUUACGACAUUUGACAACUUUGGGAAAAAUUUCUUAAAGGCCUACAAGUUAAGCCCUGAUGCUUUCGUACAGAUGGCGAUACAACUGGCCUACUACAGAAUACACCAGCAGAUCCCUGCAGCGCUGGAAUCUGUCUCCAUGCGUACCUUCAGACUGGGCCGUUUGGGUUUUAUCAGUUCAAACUCACCUGCCUCAGCUGCCUUUGUGAAGGCCUUUGAUGACCCCAAAAAACAGAACUCAGAGAAGGUUGAUUUAUUGGAGAAAGCUAUAAAGGCACACAAAUGGUACACUAACUUGGCAAUGGAUGGCCAUGACAUAUACAUGCACCUCUGGGCUCUUAAGAUGCAGGCUGUUGAGGAAAAAAUCUCCAUGCCUGAGAUCUUCAUUGACACCUCCUUCUAUAAAACCUUGGACAAGGGAUUCUAUCCAAGUCAGGGACGGAUCCCAGACAUCCAAAACAGAACAAAAAACAACCCAGGGAGGGCGGAGAGGGAUGAACAAAAAAACCAAAACAAGUCCACAAAAAGCAAAACGACCCAAGGAGGGCGGAGAAGGUCCAGGGGAGGCAGAGAGUCAACGGGGCGAAAACUGAGGGCUGUGGACUCGGGGAAAGAGGAAGUGAUGGCAGUGGUCACUGGGGAACUGGGGAGGACUCUUGGGCGGCCGUCGGCAAAGGCAAAAGGUGAAACCCUUCUGGCGGCUGAACAGGACGGUGAGGGUAGCGGCCCUCUGGAGGCUGAACAGGACGUCGAGGGCUCUCAGGCGGCCGGCGGCGAAGGCGAAACCCCUCUGGCAGCCGAACAGGACGUUGAGGACUCUCAGGCGGCAAAGGCGAAACCCCUCUGGCAGCCGGCGGCGAAGGACGGUGAGGGCAGCACCCCUCUGGAGGUCAAGCAGGUCGGCCAAGGCGGAGCACCUCUGGAGGCCGAGCAGGUCGGCCAAGGCGAAGCCCCUCUGGAGGCCGAGCAGGCCGGCGAAGGCGGGGCCCCUCUGGAGGCCGGGCAGGUACACCGCAAGGCUGGAAUUCAGAUAUGUUUUGGCGCUCAAGAACCAGGAUUGAACGAAAUCGUCUACGGUAUCAUGAAUGAUCACAUUGAUUUCACGGUGGCCAAUUUUAAAUCAUCCGAUACCGGCAAAGAAAAUAGAACACAUAUGACCAACCCAGUGCAGGAUGCACUGUUGGACAUGAGGGCCCUGCUGGAACAAACUAAAAGAGCUGAAGCUAAUCCAGACUUAAACCAAUAGUGCGACAUUUUGGGAAAAUGUGUUUGUUGCAGAGAGUAUAAUAAAUAUCUAUUAAUAUUCUUGAGUACCAACUGGAACAGCAUUGUUUUGAACAAAUCACUAUUGUAGACUAUAACUUUGUAAUCAUGAACCAUGGACAUGCACCAUGGACUGACCACUGUAGACAUACUUUAUGA